CUUUGUCCACGCCACUUGAGUCCACUGCCAUUUGUGCUCCCUGUUCCUUGUGCGUCACCCAAACCUGCAGCUUUGCGUUAGCGCUUUGGCUUGGCCCUUCCUCUCCUCCUCCUCCUCCCUGGAUUUGGGCGAGAAGGCCGAGAAAAGCAAGAGGAGAGAGAAGGCCAAAGCAAAGCAGAGCGAGAGAGAGAGAGAGAGCAACAGAUAGAAAGGCAGCAAAAGGAGAGAACACAAUCAAACUAGAAGCCUCCCCUCACUCUCUCUCCUCCACCUUCUCUUUUCUCUCACCUGCACAAAAGCAUUCCGUUGUAUUCCCUUGUCCUCCUCCCUCCUCUGCCACACCAUGUCCUAGCUCCCAGCUCUCUUGUAUUAUCUCAGUACUACAAGGUUACAAGUAGCAGGUGGAGUAGUAGGGCUCGGUACUGCGUCCUAAAGGCUAAGGUGGCGGGGACGAAGGCCGCAGCUGCAUUGCCGGCAGGGAAGAUUCUUGGGCUGCGCUGUGUGCUCCCACUGGUUGAAGGGUUGGCGAUUCCGCCGUUAAAAAAGUCCAAUCUUGGCGGGUCUGUGCUGCCAGGCUGGCUGAUUGGCCCCUGUUCGCGGCUAAUUUGGUCUGAGACUGGAGGAUCCCGGGUAAAAGUCCCGCCUUUGGGGACGAUUCGGUCCUGGAUUUGAGGUUUCUUGCUGCAAAGAUCGCAACUUGUGUGGUGGCGGCGGGGUAACAGAUCUCUCUUGUUGGCUGCGCCCUGCAAAGGAGGAGCUAUGAGACAAUGAGAGAAGAGAGCGCCAAGAAGAGCAAGCUUUCAUGGUCCAAGUCCCUCGUGAGGAAGUGGCUCAACAUCCGGACCAAGGCGCAGGACUUCCAUGCUGAUGUCGAUGCCGGGCAAGGAAGAGAUGGUUCAUGGAGGCCCAGCUGCUCCGCAAACGAAGCAAGCGAAAGCGCUGCCAAGAAAAGCAGACUUGACCGGCCCUCGUUGAAGAGGAGUGUCGAUCGCGCUCGCCGAGGGAGAAAUAAUUUCGAUGUAGCACGCCUGACUGAAGUCCAAGAUUACAGGAUCUUUGCUGCGACCUGGAACGUCGGUGGUAAGUCUCCACCAAGGGGGCUGAAUUUAGAUGAAUGUCUCCAUACUUCUCCUCCUGCCGAUAUCUAUGUAUUAGGGUUUCAGGAGAUUGUCCCUUUGAAUGCUGGAAACGUUCUUGGCACUGAAGAUAACAUUCCUGCCAAGAAGUGGGUGUCCCUAAUUAGGCAGACACUGAAUAAGAAUCCUGGAGCCAGUGGUUGUGGUGGCUAUCACACUCCUUCACCUGUCCUUGAUCCGGUUGCAGAACUAGAUGCAGAUUUUGAGGAGUCUGCAAGAAGGCAGGAGAACUUCUCAUUCUUCCAUCGUCGAUCAUUCCACAACCUCAGCCGUAGUUUAAGAAUGGAUGGGGACUUCAUGUUCCCACAACCAAGGCUGGAACGUAGGUUUAGCGUAUGUGAUCCGGUCAGCUUGGGAGGCAGACCAAGUGAUUUUGAUGGAAAUUUGCGAUGCCCUGGAUCACCCAAUGAGGAGAACAUAGAUGCGGACGUGAGCGAUGCUGCGCAAUUUUCUCCGUUCCCUCAUAGCUACAGUGCGUCUGCACCUUCUGAACAAAAUGAUGAGCAAUCAAACAGCUCUAGGUAUUGCUUGGUUGCCAGCAAACAAAUGGUUGGCAUAUUUCUGACAGUUUGGGUAUGCAAUGAAAUAAGAGAUGAUGUGAAAAACUUGAAAGUUUCUUGUGUGGGCAGAGGAUUGAUGGGUUAUCUUGGAAAUAAGGGUUCAAUUUCAAUAAGCAUGUCUUUGCACCAGACAAGCUUCUGCUUCAUCUGUUGUCAUUUGACCUCAGGGGAAAAGGAAGGGGAUGAACUGCGCAGGAAUUCCGAUGUUCUGGAAAUUUUAAGAAAGACCAGGUUCCCACGGGUUCGUGGUGCUGGUGAUGUUAAGUCACCUGAAACAAUUCUUGAGCAUGAUCGUGUUAUAUGGCUUGGGGAUUUGAAUUAUCGGGUUGCCCUAUCGUAUUGUUCGGCAAAAGCUCUUGUGGAGAUGCAUAACUGGAAGCAAUUAUUGGAGAAAGAUCAGCUCCGAAUGCAACAAAGAUAUGGACGAGUUUUCCAGGGCUGGAAAGAAGGAAGGAUCUAUUUUCCUCCCACAUACAAAUAUUCAUUCAACUCAGAUCGGUACGCGGGAGAGGGCAUGCGCCCCAAAGAGAAGAGGAGAACGCCAGCAUGGUGUGAUCGCAUUCUCUGGUAUGGUAAUGGCCUCAAUCAGCUGUCUUAUGUUCGUGGAGAGUCUCGUUUCUCCGACCACAGGCCGGUGUACAGUAUUUUCUUGGCAGAGGUUGAAAUUGUACGCCAAAGGAGGAGAAAUAUGGGCUAUUUCAGUUCUAGAAUUGAGGUGGAAGAACUUUUGCCGCAUUCUCAGAGCUACAGAGAAAUAAACUUUUACUGAUUUUACUUAUAGCAUGAUCUAAGGUUAGAAGGUUGGUCAAAUGUUUAUGUAGGGUUCUAGGUUCAGCUCAUUAGAUGACCAGAUAUACUGAAGAAAGAAUGUGCAAAUACUAACUUAAAAGGAUAAUGGGCAAUUUUGCUGCUAGCCAUCUGAAGACAACCAUUAAGUCAAUGAAAAAGUAUCAGCCCAUGUCACUAACUAUACACUUCAUCCAAAUUUCAUUUUCUUUUAGUUGGACUUAGGGGUGUCAACAAUCACCAUAUGUUAUUUUCUUCUCUUUCCUUAUAGGAAAUUUGUAAAACCAGCUAGUGCAUCCCAUGCAAGUUGUGCAAUCAUUGUAAGACGUGAUACUUGGGCUUACAUGAUACUUGGGCUUAUUUAGCUUUCAGGAUAAUUGUUCCUAGCCUGAGGGAGGAAUGAUGGAUGGGUGUGAGAGGCAUGCAUGGCUACAAUCACGUGUAUACCCUUUUUUGCUGCGCUUGAGCAGUAAUUCAGUGUGGCAUGCAUUCGUUGUUCUCAUUGCUGUUCCUGUGCGUGACAAAGAAGAUGGGCGGCCUCCAUUAUGCUCCUCCAAGAUGGCUUUGCUCUGUGCAAUGUUCCCUCAAGCUGUGGUGUUGCAUAUUUGUGACAAAAGGAAGGCGUUUUCCAUCUGCUCACGUCGUAUGAAGCAUCAGCUACUAUUUGAUACUCUUGAAAGAGCUUGCCAUGCUCAUUGCUGUUCACAGAUGGAAAAUGGUAUGUUCUGUAUUCAUGGUUCUCGAAUCUAGUUGUGCCACUCGUCCUUGAGCUCUUGGUAAUGUCAUCUAGUUGUGCCACUCUGCCUAUGAUAUUGUAAAUUUAUUAUUGGAAGCAACACUGAUUGAUCCCCUAUUUUGGUCUGUA